AUGGCGGCCGAUGUUAGCAAGCCGAGCAUUGCUGUUGAUGAGGAUGGCACACUCCACAUCAACUCGACCAAUCGGGUCAUCAUCAACGGCAUGGAUGUGGUGACCGUGCUGAAGUCAGCCAUUGGUGCAUUGGCCGGUUUGGCCUUUAGUCAACCACUUGAGGCACGCACUAUUACCACGGAUGCCAAGGGCGCAUUUUCGGUUUACGCAGCAGAUUUGGAUAAUGAUGGCAAUCUCGACGUCCUCAGCGCCAGCGCUGACGAUGAGAAAGUUGCAUGGUACCGCAACAAUGGCGACGGCACAUUUUCCUCGCAAAAAAUCAUCUCCACCGCGGUGGAUUAUGUAUACUCGGUAUAUGCAGCAGAUUUGGACAAUGAUGGCAAGGUUGACGUCCUCAGCGCCAGUGCGGGCGAUGACAAGAUUGCUUGGUAUCGCAAUAACGGUGGCGGCAGCUUUUCCUCCCAGAAGGUCAUUAGCACAGCCGCCAACGGCGCGUUCUCGGUGUAUGCGGCUGACUUGGACAAUGAUGGCAAGAUCGAUGUCCUGAGUGCCAGCGCCGACGACGACAAGAUUGCAUGGUAUCGCAAUAACGGUGGCGGCAGCUUUUCCUCCCAGAAGGUCAUAAGUACAGCCGCCAACUAUGCAUACUCGGUCUUUGCAGCCGACUUGGACAAUGACGGCAAUAUUGAUGUCCUCAGCGCCAGUCGGAACGACAACGAGAUUGCAUGGUAUCGCAACAACGGUGGCGGUUCCUUUUCCACUCAGAAGGUCAUCUCCAGAGCCGCAGCUAGAGCGUGUUUGGUCUUUGCAGCCGACUUGGACAAUGAUGGUUAUCUCGACGUCCUCAGCGCUAGCAGUGGUGACAACGAAAUAGCGUGGUAUCGCAAUAACGGCGACAGUACCUUUUCCGAUCAGAGGGUCAUCACCAGAGACGCCGACUAUGCAAUGUCCGUGUACGCGGCAGACUUGGACAACGAUGGCAAUAUCGACGUUCUCAGCGCCAGCGCUGAUGACAACAAGAUUGCGUGGUACCGCAAUAAGGGUGACGGUAGCUUUUCCUCCCAGCUCAUCAUCACCACGGCCGCCACGGCUGCACGUUCCGUACACGCGGCCGACCUGGAUAAUGAUGGUGACAUGGACAUUCUCAGUGCUGGUUCAAGGGACAACAAUAUCGCGUGGUAUCGCAACCAAGUCAGCGACAUGUUCUACUUUGAUUGA